CCCUCCAUAGCUUGCUGUGGGUCUCAAGAGGUCGUGAGCAAGGAGGCUGAAGCAGCCAAAUAGAACGCAGCCUCUAUCAGACCCCCCCCUUCCCCUCUAUCUCAAGCUCACCGCCACAUUUUAGUCUGUUUUUCCCUCUCUCUGCUCCUCAUUUAUUUUCGGACAGCGGCUGCGUGGGGGAAACCGUUAAAAUAUAGUGAUUAUAAGGACAAGGGGAAUCAUGAGCGUGGAGGCGUACGGGCCGAGCUCCCAGACGCUCACGUUUCUGGACGCUGAGGAAGCCGAUCUAGUCGGAGCAGACACCCAGGGCUCCGAGUACGACUUCACCGAUUUUACCCUGCCAAGCCAGACUCAAGGACAGACCCAGAGUCAGCUAGACAACCAGGUCAACAGUCCUGGAGGUGUGUUACAAAAUGGAGACGACCCUGUGCUGAAUGCAAGUCACUUGCUGGCAGAGUUGAACUUUGAGGAGGAUGAGGAGGAUACAUACUAUUCCAAGGAUCUCCCUGUGCAUGCUUGCAGUUACUGUGGAAUUCACGAUCCAGCCUGCGUGGUCUACUGCAACACCAGCAAGAAGUGGUUCUGUAAUGGCCGUGGAAACACCUCGGGCAGUCACAUUGUGAACCAUCUGGUGAGGGCAAAGUCCAAGGAGGUGACCCUGCAUAAAGACGGUCCUCUGGGAGAAACAGUGUUGGAGUGCUACAACUGCGGUUGUCGCAAUGUCUUUCUGCUUGGCUUCAUCCCUGCAAAGGCGGACUCAGUAGUGGUGUUACUGUGCAGACAGCCAUGUGCCAGUCAAAGCAGCCUCAAGGACAUCAACUGGGACAGCUCCCAAUGGCAGCCUCUCAUUCAGGACCGCUGCUUCCUCUCCUGGCUGGUCAAAAUCCCCUCAGAGCAGGAGCAGCUUAGGGCCCGACAGAUCACAGCCCAGCAGAUCAACAAAUUGGAGGAGCUGUGGAAGGAAAAUCCCAGCGCAUCCUUGGAAGACCUGGAGAAGCCCGGGGUGGAUGAGGAGCCCCAACAUGUUUUGCUGCGCUAUGAGGAUGCCUACCAAUACCAGAACAUCUUUGGUCCUCUUGUCAAGUCGGAGGCUGAUUAUGAUAAGAAGCUAAAAGAGUCUCAGACUCAAGACAAUAUCACAGUCAGAUGGGACCUUGGCCUCAAUAAAAAGAGAAUUGCCUAUUUUACUCUGCCUAAGACUGACUCAGAUAUGCGACUGAUGCAAGGAGAUGAGCUCUGCCUGAGGUACAAAGGGGAUCUGGCACCUCUAUGGAAAGGCAUUGGACAUGUCAUCAAAGUCCCUGACAACUACGGUGAUGAGAUCGCCAUCGAGCUGAGGAGCAGUGCUGGAGCUCCUGUGGAGAUUCCACACAACUUUCAGGUGGACUUUGUGUGGAAGUCCACAUCCUUUGACAGGAUGCAGAGUUCCCUGAAAACAUUUGCUGUGGAUGAGACGUCAGUGUCUGGUUACAUCUACCACAAACUGCUGGGCCACGAGGUGGAGGAUGUGGUCAUCAAGUGUCAACUGCCCAAACGCUUCACUGCUCAAGGACUGCCUGACCUAAAUCACUCCCAAGUGUAUGCAGUAAAGACAGUGCUGCAGCGGCCGCUCAGCCUGAUUCAAGGUCCUCCUGGUACUGGAAAGACAGUGACUUCUGCCACAAUUGUGUACCACCUGGCCCGACAGGGAAACGGACCAGUGUUGGUGUGUGCGCCCAGUAACAUUGCUGUGGACCAGCUGACAGAAAAGAUCCAUCAGACCGGACUUAAAGUGGUUAGGCUGUGUGCCAAGAGCAGGGAAGCCAUUGACUCACCUGUGUCCUUCCUGGCUCUGCACAACCAGACCCGUAACAUGGACAGUAUGCCAGAACUUCAGAAACUACAACAGCUAAAAGAUGAGACUGGAGAGUUGUCCUCCUCUGAUGAGAAACGUUACAGAGCUUUGCGACGCACCGCUGAGAGGGAACUGUUGAUGAACGCUGACGUAAUCUGCUGCACGUGCGUCGGGGCAGGCGACCCUCGCCUAGCCAAGAUGCAGUUCAGAUCAAUCCUGAUUGACGAGAGCACACAGGCCACUGAGCCGGAGUGCAUGGUGCCUGUGGUGCUUGGAGCCAAGCAGUUGAUUCUGGUGGGAGACCACUGCCAGCUGGGCCCAGUGGUGAUGUGCAAGAAGGCAGCUAAAGCAGGCUUGUCCCAGUCUCUCUUUGAGCGUCUGGUGGUUCUGGGGAUCCGUCCGAUCCGUCUGCAGGUUCAGUACCGCAUGCACCCGGCCCUCAGUGCCUUCCCCUCCAACAUCUUCUAUGAAGGCUCGCUGCAAAAUGGAGUCACUGCAGGUGACCGUGUGAAGAACGGCUUUGACUUCCAGUGGCCGCAGCCUGACAAGCCCAUGUUCUUUUAUGUCACUCAAGGCCAGGAGGAAAUCGCAAGCUCUGGAACAUCAUACCUCAACAGAACUGAGGCAGCUAAUGUGGAGAAAAUAACGACAAGGUUGCUAAAGGCUGGAGCUAAACCAGAUCAGAUUGGCGUCAUCACCCCCUAUGAGGGGCAGAGAUCCUAUCUGGUCCAGUACAUGCAGUUCAGUGGCUCCCUUCAUACCAAGCUUUACCAGGAGGUUGAGAUUGCCAGUGUAGAUGCAUUCCAAGGCAGAGAGAAAGACUUCAUCAUAUUGUCCUGCGUGAGGGCCAAUGAGCAUCAGGGCAUCGGCUUCCUAAACGAUCCUCGUCGUCUCAAUGUGGCUCUCACGAGAGCCAGGUAUGGCGUGAUCAUUGUGGGCAACCCUAAAGCUCUGUCCAAGCAGCCAUUAUGGAACCACCUGCUGAACUACUAUAAGGAGCAGAAGGUGUUGGUGGAAGGGCCCCUUAACAACCUGAGAGAGAGCCUCAUGCAGUUCAGCAAGCCUUGCAAGCUGGUCAACACUAUCAACCCUGGCGGUCGAUUCAUGAGCACAGCCAUGUAUGACGCCAGAGAAGCCCUCAUCCCUGGAUCAGUUUACGAUCGCAGCAGCAAUGGGCGCACAUCCAACAUGUACUUCCAGACACAUGACCAGAUUGGAAUGAUUGGUACCGGCCCCAACCCUUUGACUUCUUUGAACAUCCCCAUCCCCUUCAGCCUGGUCAUGCCCCCUAUACCUCCUCCUGGCUACAUGGGGCACGUCGACGGCCCAAAAUCAGGUCGUGGAGGCGGCAUGAAGGGUAAAGGCGGUAGUGGAGGAGGGGGCGGCGCGCGUGGUAAUCGCCCGAGAAACCGUAGCAACAUGGGGAACCAGAGCGGAGGGCAUCCCGGGGGCAGCCAGGCCAGCCAGGACCUGGUCUCCCAGACGUUCUCCCAGGGCCCUCUGACCCAAGGCUACAACAACAUGAGUCAGCCAUCACAGAUGAGUCAGCCUGGGCUCUCCCAGCCAGAGCUUUCCCAGGACAGUUACCUUGGAGAUGAGUUCAAGUCCCAGAUUGAUGUGGCUCUGUCUCAGGACUCCACCUACCAGGGGGAGCGAGCCUACCAGCAUGGAGGUGUGACUGGACUGUCCCAGUACUAGACUCUUGCUGAAAGGAGCUCAGCCUGUGUGAGCUCAGUUCCUCAGAAUGAAAAAAUCUGGGUGACGACUAACAGAACGACCAAGGAUACCCGCUUUCCACCGCGACACCACUGUGCGAAAGGAGCAGGAGCGAGCGAGCGAGGACUGUGAGAAAACCAACCAAUCGCGAGCGUGCGAAAAGAAAUUGGAGCAGAGCAAGGCAGUGGCGUGCCAUGCCGGUGGAGGAGUGAAGGCCACCGCUGCCAGCGCACGAGCCAGGAACGACGAAGCGCGGGAGAAAAGCUGUCUUCUUGGGAUCAGCGCUGAUGACCUUUGCGGAUCAAGAAUGGAAGGGAAGAUCCGUUUGGUUCUAAACGCGGACGGACUGUGUAAUCGGGCUGAACCCUUCUGGAUUCUCCAGGCUGUCUGCUUCAAACGCUGGUAGAGGAUGGAGAAGAGAGGUGUCUCGCACAUUCGUCCUCCUAGCUUACUGGACAGGGCGUCUUGAAGAGAUAGACACAGUGAAGGGGACACGAGCCGUGAACUUCUUCAACCUCCGAGUUGAGAGUGUGAACUUCUGGCUAUGCAAGUGAACUCAGUCACUGGACAUUUGGGGAUCACAUAGCCGCCCAUUGAUCAUGCACUUUUAUUUCCUCAGCUUUGAGUAGGAAGUUUUAUUUUAAAGUACAGUGAACCCUAUUCACGCAGAAUAGGGACCAAGUCCUGCUGUGAAUAGCAAAGAUUUCCUAGUACAGUGGUGCCUUUAGAUACGAGUAAAAUUCUUUCCAUGACCACGCUCGUAACUUAAAACACUUUACAAAUCAUCUUUACCCUUCUAAAUGAAUGGACAUGUCAUUAAUCCGAUCCAGGCUCCCCCAAAAACAUUUUGUAAGUUGUCUUUAAUCAGAAAAAUAGCAAUCAGCCAUAGCAGCAUGAUAUUGUACUCAAUAAAAAACAUAGUCAUGGACACAUUUAAUAGAAUGUAAAGAAAUUAAACUGGUUUUGCCACAUUUUUGCAUCAAUUCAUACAUUGUGCUUCUCCUUUUGGUGUGUGCGCCUUGGCCACCUGGGGGUAUAAUGCAGACUUACAGACAUACUGUAUAUGGAGCCAGACUCAGCUCAUCAGUAAACUGCAGUAAUACAAGUCGUUCUCCACAGAGGUUUGAGAAUAUAUGCCUGUGAGUGUUCGUAUAGAUUAGCAUUAGGCUAGGCGACUUUAAAGCAAAGCUGUUUGGUUGGUAUCAAUACACAAGGUGUCAUUUGGUUUGUUUAAUGUUUAUUUUGACAGUAAACUGCACCUGGGAGUGAGCUCGUAUCUCAAAUAUUUGCUUGCAAGUCAAAACAAAAAAUCUUAUCUAAAAAAACUGGUAAAUCAGGUCACUCGUAUCUCAAGGCACCACUGUAAUUUAAGGUUUGUAAUAACUUCCCAUAGCUGCCACAAGAUAAUGGUAACAACUUUUUUUCUCAUUAGACAG